AUGGAUACACUCUUCAGCAUUGCUUGCUUCUCCCCAUCUCCAAAAUUAUCUCCAAGACUUCCUCUCUUCAAGAGAACCCCACCUUCAGUCUCAGUUUCAAGAGCCAGCGCUCAGCCAUUGAGUGAGCUUGCUGAAGAGGAUGUUUUGCGAGUGUUCUUGAGGGAAAGAGAAUUAAAUGGGGAUUUUAUAUCCAAAGCUUGUGAUAAGUUUUGGCAGAGGGGGACAAAAUUUGUUGACUUUGAUGAUCGUGAACUUGAACUGGUCGACACUUCUCAAGUAGCAGAGCAGGUCAUGGAAGGUGAUAGCGAUGGUGGGUUUUUGAAACUGUCUAGAACCCAGGAGUGGCUUUUAGGUGAGAAUGUAGCACCAAUGAACAAGAAAGCCGUUGCUAAGGCAUUGCAGGACGAUAGUGACAGAAGGAAAAGACUGAACCUUCUCGAAUAUGAAGCAAUCAAAAGGGAACUUAUGCUUUUAUCAGUUGGUAUUGGAGCCGCAUGCAGCGGGUAUUGCUUGGUAGUUUUGUCUGUACAGGCUGCUGUUAGUUAUGCAAUUGGAGUACUUUUCAGGAUUGGUAUAAGAAGUGAGGAUCUUAGGGACUCAUUUGAGAAAUCAAUAAAGGGAAGCGGUAUUGCUCUUUCAUCUCCAAGGCUUGUGAUACCAGCUGCAAUUUAUGGAUUGUGGGUCCUGUCUCAUCAAUACAUUGGCAAUGAUUUUUUGGAUUUCCAGCUUGUGCCUGCCAUGUUUGGGAUGUUUGUAUACAAAGCUGCUGCUCUUGUGCAAGUAUACAGAGAUAAUGAGGACCUGAAGCUCGUCUUCCCUGAUAGUGACUGA